UAUCAAAGCCCCCAAAUAAGUUAGAAUGGGCCAGGGCUGGCCAUAUCGUGCACACCUUUUCCAUUCGCUAAUUAGGUCCUGCCUCUCUGGGACAGAAGACUCUCUGGCUGGCAGAGCAAGGGCUUUGUACUGACACCCGGGACCGCCAUGAAGUUGCUCCAAGGGACCGUCCUCUUCCUCUCUUUGUGCAGCCUCUGCUAUAGUCAAGAAAGCCAGGUUUCUGAAAAACCUUUGAUGACAACUGUACAGUCUACAAUCGUAGUUCCCAAAUCUCCAUCUCCAUCAAGUGAAAAAAUACUUGAGAGUGUUCCAACUGCAAUGAUCACACAGGGAAAACUGAAAACCACAGAAGCAACAACAUCCCCAAAAACAUCUUCUUCAUUGAUAUACUCAACCUCAACAAACACUGAAAUACUAAAAGAACUAUCGUCAACGCCUAUGAUUGCUACAAGCUCCUCACCUAGCUCAGCAGUGGCAAAAACAGCAAGAGGAGCCCCCCAAAAUGACACCUCAAGUGAUGUGUCCAGUACUGCAAGCCCACAAGUUUCCACUCACCAACUUCAGACUACUGUGUCAAUUAAACAGAGCAGCCAACAGAACAAUAUCAUUUUGAAAUCUCCAACAGAAAAGCCAGAUGAGACUUUAAAAUUUAUUACCACACCCCCCAUCAAAGACCAGGGAAGCACCAGAGACUCUGGCACCACAAGCUCCCUUCUUAUCAACUCCUCUUAUUCAAGUGUGAUUUUGCCUGUCGUUAUUGCUCUGAUAGCAAUAACACUCUCAAUAUUCAUUCUGGUAGGACUGUACCGAAUGUGUUGGAAAACAGACCCAGGUACACCAGAUAAUGGAACUGACCAGCCCCAAUCAGAUAAAGAAAGUGUUAAACUUCUCACUGUCAAGACAAUUUCUCCUGAGACCAGUGAGCAGUCUGCUCAAGGAAAAAAUAAAAACUGACAACCUGAGGAGCUCUCUCCAUACUUCAGCCAAUAAAUAUGUGUGAAAAUGCAGAUUGCUACAUGUGACAAGAGAUUCCCUUGAAGAUCAAGUUUCAGCUAUGGACUGUUUAUUCUAAGGACUAUCAUAUCACAGGCUGAUGAACCAACUGGCAACAUUCCCUCUUUCUCUUAAGUUUAAGAUAUUUACAAUUAUUCAGCCUUGGAGACUUUUGUUUUCUCAGUGGCUUUUUAUUACCUUGUGAUCAUAUUUAUUUUUUUAUGUUAAAGAAGGAACUUUUCCAAAUCUCUUUUUUUAUUGUCAUUGCCACUGUGUACAUAACAAGUGUUUUAUUCAGUUUUUUCAUAUACCAGAAACAUAUUUUUCACAUAUCAGAAGUAUGUAUAUAUCCUUUUUAUUGUGCUUUUAAUAAAUAAUGACUUUCUCAAAA